GACUUGGAGCAAUGCUCAAGGGGUUAAUGAGACUAAACUGGGCUGUGUGGUACCCAGAAUGCAGCGGGGGAUGGACUGAUGCUCUCGUUCGUCUUUCCUCCUCCUCCUCCUCCAGCAUCCUCAGCAUCUCUGCCAUUCAUCCCCUAUGCACAGAACGUACAUCCAGAGAGAACAGCCGCUGGGAUACCCUCAGCAUGGACCAGCAGUGAGGACCAUGGGGGACCAAAGCAACGUAGGUGGGGGGAGACAGCCGGCCGCCCCUGAACCCGAGGUGGAGGCCAGGAUCCAGAAAGCGGUGGAGUUCAAGACGGAGGGGAACCGCUGCUACAAGGACAAAAAAUUCCGGGAUGCCAUAGGCAAGUAUCACCGGGCCCUGCUGGUGCUCAAGGGUGUCCACGAAGACGGGGAAGAGAGGAAAGCCAAUGGCGGAGCUGGCACCAGGUUGACGGAGGCACAGAAGGUGCGGGUGGAGGCCACGGAGAUCGAGUGUUAUGACAGCCUGACUGCCUGUUUACUGCAGUCAGAGCUGGUGAAUUAUGAGCGAGUCAAGGAAUACUGCCUGAAGGUUCUGGAGAAACAGAACAGCAACUUCAAAGCCACGUACCGAGCGGGCAUCGCCUUCUACCACCUGGGGGACUACGGCAAUGCCCUGCUCUAUCUUAAAGACGCCCGCAGCCGAGAGCCAACAGUGGGUGAUCCGGGCAAGGCAAUGGAUACCAACGUUCUCCGUUACAUCCAGCUGACAGAGAUGAAAGUGCAGCGGUCAAACCAACGGGAGAGGAAAGCAUUGAAGGAGGUGAUUGGAUAGCGCAACCUGGCACCCAAUCCCGAACCUCCACCAGACUUGUAUCUCACGCUCCUGUGAGCCAAGGGAUGGUGGCUGAUACUGAGCAUCGCCCGGUACAAACCUCACCAGUCUCCUUCCUAUAAGGAGAUGGCAAUAUAGAAAAAUAAUAACAAUGCAGCUCUGGCACUUUAUAUAAAUUAUAUGAAUCAUUUUAUAUAUUUUCCUCUCGACUACCUAUAAUGUGUCAAUGCAUGCAGCACAAGUAUGUGUAUAUAUGUAUCUAGAACAUAUAAAAUAUAUAUAUAUAUAUAUAUAGACAUACGCCUCAUUGGAGAGAACGGGUCAUGCUCAGUAUUGCUCUGGAUGCAGCAUGUUGAUUUAAAGAAUGCCCCAACUUUACGCUGUCAUUCUUCCUAUCAGCCUAUGAGAAAAAGGAACUACCCCACAGUGACACAUCGAACCCUGCUGGUUGCUGCCAUAAUAGCAUCAUGAAUGCCAAUGGGUUAGUUAAUCCAAUACCAUGAUCCGGAGAGUGUACUACCAACUAUAAACUCCUCUACAAUAUAAUGAUUCAGAAUCCAUCAUACAUACCCACACGUGUGCUCGGAGAACCCCUGAAUGCGAAAUAUCGCAUUGUCUUCAAUUUCAAGGUUUCUCAUAGGAAUGAUGAAUACCUUUGCAGAAAAGUGGAUGUACAUGUGAUGCCUGAUCCAAUAUAUCGCCUCCGCACCUUACGACUGUCGCAUCGAACGCUCUACACUUUUCAGCUUCAGCAGGAACCAUAUCCAAGACAGACAUGCUCCCCCGCGCCAUACUAAGUGAAAUCGUAGCUCGUUCUUCGGUCUCAGAAUUAUAAGGAUGUUGUGUAGGACUUUCUUUUUUGUAAAUAAAGAAUAAACAAAG